UCGAGGACCACGGCCGAGCUGAACCUGUCCGUGGACACUAACCAGGCUCAGAGGGAGUUGAUCGCCCAGCUUGAAGCCAAGAACAGGGAGAUUAUGAGGGAGAUCCAGCGUCUGAGGCUGGAGCAGGAGGCUUUUGCGCAGGAAGGUGGAGACAGCAGCCAGUACAAUCCCACCCUGCUGACAGAACUGAGACUGUUGAGACAACGCAAGGAUGAGCUGGAGGCUCGCAUGCAAUCCUUGCAGGAGUCCAGGAAAGACCUGAUGGUGCAGCUGGAGACAUUGAUGAAACUGCUCAAAACUCACCCAACCUCUCCCAGAUCCACCCCAAACAGCUCACCUCGAUCUCGAAGUGGACUGUCUCCCACCUUCUCUGCAGCACUGGUCAACAGGACGGCCACAUCUCCUGCACCAGCAACGGCCAGUGACUUGAACCUCAGUGGUCUCGGAGGGGAUGUCAAGCAAGCCUUUACCAGCCUCCCUGCAUCUUCAGCUGCCCUGACUCGCACCCUACGCAACGAUCUUCUGGUGGCAGCAGAUUCUGUGACCAAUGCCAUGUCUUCGCUAGUUAAAGAACUGCACUCAGAUGAUGGCAGCGAGGGAGAUGAUGAUGAUGAUGAACAGUUAGAAGCCCAGCUCCGUGAACUAAAGCUGCAUGAUGAGAGCCUGUCCAGGUCAGCAGGCGCCGAAGACAUAGACAUGGGCUGGAGUUUAGAUGAUCUUCACUGGCGCAUGAGACAGGAAGCUGAGUUCCUGGCACAGUUGCGUGCCAGGCGGCACAUGGGCAGUGCAACUUCUAGCCAGACCACCAGUGAUAAUGAGCAGGAUGGUUACCCUGAUGCUGUUGAUGGAGAGUCGUACUCAGCCAGGACAGAUGAUGACAGUUACUUGGGUGCUGAUGACAUUUCCUGUCAUGGAGAGCGACUCAAUGACAUUCUAAGUGUUAGCAUGAGAACAGAUGAUGCUGUGGCUGACCUUCCUGAUGUCAUGACAAAGGAGAUGACCAGCAGCAGAUACACGACAGAUGACGACAGUUUCCUGCCAACUGACGAUGAGUCAUUUAUACGAACAGAUGACGAGGAAGGUGGGAAUACUGACUGGGAGGAGUCGGCCAGACGAUGGGUCAGUCGGUGA